AUGUCCACGGCGGUGGCUCUCUUCGUGUCGCCGGUGACGAUCGCCUUCUGCAGGAAGAAGUCGACGCGGCUGACGGCGGUGAUGGGCGGCCUGGUCACAGCGCUCGGGGUCCUCUUCACCUCCUUCGCAACCCAGUUCCACCAGGUCUUCAUCAGCUACGGGGCCGUAUUGGGUAUUGGAGUAUCCAUGACCCGAGACUGCUCCACACUGAUGGUUGCCCAAUACUUCAAAAGAAGGCGGGAACUCGUAGAAAUAUUUAUUGUGUCUGGAAGUGGACUUGGCAUCGCAGUGAUGUCCUUCUUCAUCAAAUCAGCGAUUGGUGCGAUCGGAUGGCGAUUUGGUCUCCAGACAGUCACAGUGACUGUUUUCAUGACCUUCUUCCUUGGUACAUUCUAUCGUUCAGCAUCACUCUACCAUCCACAACGUCGAGCUAUUCUCCAUCUCAAGAAUCAGAAGAGAAAGAUCAAAGACAAAAACAAAGUUGAUGAUGGGCCCCCCUUCAUUGACUUUGGUACACUCAAGAGCAAAACUGUACGAAUAUUGCUUCUUUCAACAGGCCUCAGUGCCUUUGGCAUCAACACUCCUAUAUUUUAUUUGGCCCAUCAUGUUGAAGAUGAGGGUUUGGAAGAUUCAGUUCUCCUGCUCCAAGGUUAUCUUGGUCUUGGGUGGGUCCUAGGCUGCCUAGGAUUUGGAUGUUUAGUGAUAAACAAUUCUGCUGAGUGCAGGAUUGCUAGGCAAUACUUAGCUCAGGUUGCUAUAUUCAUCUGCGGGCUGGCGAUAUUAGCUCUUACUACACUAUCACAUAGUAAGCAAGGAUACAUAUUCUUCACAUGGAUUUAUGGAAUCUUCUGUGGAGGAUACCACUACACUCUUAAAGUGUAUACUUAUGAACGAGUUCGGGCAAGAAACUUUGCAAGGACGUGGGGAUUUGUACAGUUUUCACAGUCAAUACCAAUAGCAUUGGGAGUUCCUAUUACAGGUUACAUCAACGUAGAAUAUGGAGGAAAGUCUGGCUAUUACUUCAGUGCCACUUGCGUAUUUUUGGGAAGUUUAGCAUUGUUUCUUAUUGAUUGCCACAGGAGGAGGGCACAUCAUAAACAUGUUGGUGUAGAUAAGAACUGUGAGUCUGAGGUGUGCCCCCAGCGCAGGAGGCCUUCAUUCACUGCUGAACCAGAAGAACUUGUUGUUGUGGAGCCUGCGGCAGCAGGUGGUGGCGGAGGUCCUAAGCCAGAGCUCACAUGUAUAUCUGAGGAGGGCAUUGCCGACAUGGAUCUUCCAGACAACAUCCUGGAUGACCUGGAUCUUAUUGGAGACUGUAUUACGUCAUGCAACAAAGUUGAGAACUAUCUGAUGCUUAGCGAGUUCGAGAACAAUCUUAUCGCUGAGAUGCCUGUCAUUAUGGACAGAAAAGGAAGACGCUGGUCAUUAGCCAAGCACUCGGAAGAGGAAAAUGCGUCUUCCAAACCUGGUAAGUGGCGACUGAUACCGGGUGCUCCCAACAGAGUCAUCACUGUCAUUGAUGAAGCCUCUGUAUGA